AGGUGUAGACGCGUAAAACGUUUGAUCCAGCUAUAGCUUAUAGUCCCAGUACCUAUAAAGGUGCAUGCAUUCAGUUGUAUCUUCAACUGAGCAAAGCUCCCCUUAUUCUCUUCCUUUGGAGUUCACUGGUCGGAGGAAAUGGCGACUCAGAAUGGCACUGCGGCGGAUCCAAGGUCAGAUUUUGUGGGAGUAUACGCGAAGCUGAAAUCUGAGCUCUUAAAUGACCCUGCCAUUCAACUCACGCCCGAUUCUCGCCAAUGGGUCCAACGGAUGCUGGAAUACAAUGUGCCUGGAGGGAAGUUAAACCGAGGCCUCAGUGUCAUUGAUAGCUACAAACUGCUAAAAGAAGGGAAAGAAAUAGCUGAAAAUGAAAUAUUUCUUGCAAGUGUACUUGGCUGGUGUAUUGAAUGGCUUCAAGCAUAUUUUCUUAUCCUUGAUGAUAUCAUGGACAACUCUCAAACUCGCCGUGGUCAGCACUGUUGGUUUAGGGUUCCUCAGGUUGGUAUAAUUGCCAUCAAUGAUGGAAUCCUGCUUCGCAACCAUAUUCCCAGAAUCCUCAAGAACCACUUCAAAGAUAAGCCUUACUAUGUUGAUUUGUUGGAUUUGUUUAAUGAGGUUGAGUUCCAAACUGCUUGUGGACAGAUGGUUGAUUUAAUUACUGCUGUCGAAGGAGAAAAAGAUCUAUCAAAAUAUUCGCUAUCACUUCACCAGCAGAUUGUUCAAUACAAGACUGCCUAUUACUCGUUCUAUCUUCCUGUUGCGUGUGCACUGAUCAUGGUGGGCGAGAAGUUGGAAAAUCAUUUAGAUGUUAAAAGCAUCCUUAUUGAUAUGGGCAUCUACUUCCAAGUACAGGAUGAUUAUCUGGAUUGCUUUGGUGACCCGGAAAAGAUUGGCAAGAUUGGAACAGAUAUUGAAGAUUUCAAGUGCUCUUGGCUGGUUGCAAAAGCAUUAGAGCAUUGCGACGAAGAACAAAAGAAAAUGCUAUAUGAACACUAUGGAAAACAAGAUCCUGCUAGUGUUGCGCAAGUCAAAGCCGUUUACAACGAACUCAAUCUUCAGGGUGUGUUCAAUGAGUACGAAAGCAAGAUUUACGAGAAGCUGACAAGUUCCAUUGAAGCUCAUCCAAGCAAGGCGAUUCAGGCAGUACUCAAGUCGUUCUUGGGUAAGAUAUAUAAAAGGCUGAAAUAAGACAGAUAAUCAAACCCGUGAGGUUCAACGUUUUGAAGGUGAUUCCUGUUGGCUCUACUGGUGCCGGAUAGAAGGCGUUUACUGGCAUGUGAUUUUGUGGCUUUCCUAUUAUCAUCAAAUUAUUCGAGUUAUGAUAUUAGACUCCUUUUUGGCUAUUUGAGUUAUGAUUUGGUGUCCCUAGAUUUACAUUUUUGAAUGCUGAGAUGUAGUCCAGUUUUUGAAUCACUCAGUUCAGUUUACAUUAUUAAGACUUUAUUUGCACUUGGCCUCAUUCUU